GGUAAUUAAGGCUCGUCUCAAGCAAGCAAGAAUGCGUUGGAGAAGAGGGAAGGAGGAGGUGGUGGUGUACAAGCGACUGGCCUCCGGCCGCGACUGCACGGAGGACAGAGUCCCGAGAGGACACGUCCCGGUGAUCGUCGGAAGGGACGACGCAGAAGCCGAGAGGUUCGUGGUGCAUGUGAGAGUGUUCAAGGACCCAUGCAUCGUCAUGCUGCUCGACAUGGCCGCGAACGAGUUCGGCAACCAUCAGCCUGGCGUUCUGAGAAUCCCAUGCGACGUCGAUCGGUUCCGGCGAAUCAUCGAAGUGAUCUACAAGCCCAGAUGAUGAUUCUGUUCUUUAGGAAGUUGUUCUUCCAUGCAUGUGUAAAGGAGGUUUUGACCCGUAAGCUUAGUGUGACAGUCUCUCUCUCUCUCUCUCUCUCUCUCUCUCUCUUUCUUCUGCAACCCUCUUCUGUGUCUGAUUCCUGCUUCAAAUGAGAAGAGAAUAAAUCUUCUGAGAAGUCACCGUGAGAUCUUUCA